AUGCUUGCUCAUUCACCGAAAGAUCGUUCUCGAUCACCUCAUCGUAACAACAAUGAAACAAUUGUAAAUCAAACAAAUUCUACGUCGAGUAAACAUCUAUCAUCAGCAAUACAAGCCUCAAAUCAAAAUGAUACAUCUUCUCAAAUUGAUACAAGUAGUAAUGAUGUAAAUAUUCAAAAUAAUAAUAAUAAAGCCAAGAAAGAAAAUGAAUCUCAAUUACGCAUGAAAAAUCUCAAAUCAUUCAUUCAAGCAUUAAUCAAUGAUUCAUCGUCUUUAGGCUCAACAUAUGAUGAACAAGUAAAAGCACUUGAAAAUGCUUGUAUAAAAGAAUUUGGUGAUAUAUCUCUUGAUCGUAUUCGUCGAAUGAUUCGUAAUAUUUUCAAAAUGCGUAAAUCUCAACAAUCAUCACAUCCAACGAAUUCAUUUUUACAUCAAGAUCAUACAAAUAUUUUACCAACAACAACUACUGAUCGUUUUAAUUCUAAUGAAAAUAAUACUAACAAAAAGAAUCGAUCAAAUUCAACUUCAAAUAACACGACACCAAAAACUUCUGAUCUAGCUACAUCAUCAGCAUCGACAUUAUCUGCACUUGAUGCCGAUUUUCUUCGUCAUGCAUUUUCACAACAAUUUCGACCAUCAAUUGAUCUAUCAGCUUAUUUUUCAGCAGCUGCUGUUGCUGCAGCUUCAAAUGGCACUGGUUCAACGUCACCACUUUUCCGUCCAAAUUUUUCUCCAUCAAAUUUUCUUCAAUCACUUACAGCGCCACCUCCACCUCUUCCAACAACACUCGUAUCAUCUCAUACACAUACUAAUGGUUCUUAUCAAAGAACAAGUGAUACGUCAACAACAAACGUCAAUAAAUUAUCGAAACAAAUAAAAUUGUCUAAUAGUGAAAUAAAUUCCAUUAAAGUUCUUAUCAAUGCUUAUCGAGAAGCAGCUUCAUAUUUAAACCGAUCAGCUGAUGAACUCGAACAAUUAAUAUAA